AAUGGAUAUUAAAAUAAUAACUUAAAGUGAUACAUUUUUAAUCUACAAUGAGAUCUAAACAUUAUUAAAAUUAAAGUAAGAAAUCAAAAAAAAAGGGAUUUAAACAAGAAACAUCACAAUUUAGUACCAAAGCUAUAUCUACUUAUACUUAGCUUUUAUGAUAAUGAUUCUGAUAAAGUUGUGAUAAUCUAAGAUGAGGACCUUUAAUAUGCUUACCAAUAAGCCAAGGUACAAAAUAAGUAGUCGAUUAAAUUUUAUGUUUAUUACAAAUUGAGUCAACCUAAAAUAUUAUAUUAAGAACCCUAGAUAAAAAUUUCAAUAUAAUAGCCUUAAUAGGAUUGGAUACUUUCAUCCUUGUACUAAGAUGCUAGCCAAUCAUUUAUGGAUUCAAAUCUUCAAAAUAAUGAUGCUUUUUUUUAAGACAGAUUGACUAUUAAGCCAGUUCAAUAGUUAACAAGAGAAGAAAAGCUAAAGUUGGUGAUAGAUUAAUUUAUUGAUGAAAUAUUAAGAGAGGAAUAUAAAAUAUGA